AGAUUAGAAGCUUUCAAAUACUGACAUUUAGCUAAUUAUUAUGUUUAAAGCAAAAAAGGAUAUUCAUGAAAUCUUAACAAAGGGGAUUUCUAACACGGUCAUGGAAAAGCAUAAAAAUUUGGUAUAAGCAGCUGCAAAAAGCAUGGAAGGAAAGGAAAAAUAAGCUAAACGGUUUUUAUUUCCAUUCUCGAAACUUAUUACUGGAAAUCACUGUUAAUUUCGAUACAAAAUUUCAUGAACUAACACUCGAAAGGGAAUGGGAAGCGUCCCAGGUACCCAUAUGAAGAGAAUAAAUCGGUGCGUCGAAAAAACUUGCUUUUGAUAUUUGUUUAUUGAUUACAAAAUUUUCAUUGUUCUUAUAACAAUUAUAUCAUUAAUUUAUGACCAAAGCAGCUUGCUGUUAAACAAAUAUUUGGCAUUGUAAUAAUUGAACAUAUGUCUCAAUCAGCCAGCGCAGUGGAGCCUAAACAGAAAAAAGUAAGCCAUUUAAAAGCAGGUGCUUUAGGAGGAUUUCUGUCAAGUGCUGCUCUACAACCUUUGGAUCUAUUAAAAACGAGAUUGCAACAAAGUCAACAUUUGCCUCUGCCACAAAUCAUUCAAAAUGUAGUUCGAAAAGAAGGAGGAAUCACGUCCCUAUGGAAAGGAACGCUUCCUUCCAUCCUCCGAUCGACGACUGGAUCGUCAUGCUACUUCUAUGUUCUCAACUGGAUGCGACGGUAUAACCCUCAGAGCAAUUCGUCCAGCUUCAAGAAUACACAAAAUUUUUGGACAGGCGGAUUAUCUCGAGCGAUUGUGGGAUUCGCCUUUAUGCCGGUAACUGUCAUUAAAGUCCGCUACGAAAGCAACUAUUAUUCCUAUACCACUAUUGGAUCUUCUAUAAAAAGCAUUUGGAAAAAAGAAGGAAUCCCUGGUUUUUUUCAUGGCUUUGGUGUAACGGCCAUUCGAGACGCACCUCAUGCUGGACUUUAUGUUUAUUUUUACGAAUUAUCUAAAGAAACGAUUCACAAUCUUCUUGGACAUUUUCACGAAACCCUUCCUGGUGAUGUUCUUCAUAACCCUUACAACAAUUCAGUUAAUAUCGCCUCCGGAAUGGUUUCAGGGAUUAUAGCUACAACAAUUACAAAUCCUUUUGAUAUGCUUAAAACCCGUGUUCAGUUACAACCCGAACUCUAUAAAAACUUCCUUUAUUGUGCAAAACGUGUAUAUAUAAACGAGGGCAUUUACGGUUUCUUAGAUGGACUUGCCCUUCGAGUUCUACGAAAAUCUGUUUCUUCGACAAUUACCUGGUCUGUUUAUGAAUGGGCCAUGCAUCAAAAUGAUACGUAAAUACCUUUUUGUAUACCUUUCUUGGAACGAAACUAGUCUCUGUCGCACUAUGAUAGAUUCACGUAAUAAAUAUUUUUGUAUGCAUGUAAUUCCCUUUUGGAAUGACAUAUUUUUUUGUCGUUUUUACACUUGUUGUUAUUUUGAGAUUAACUACGGUACCUUGUACUUUAAGACCUGAGUAGCUCACAUAAAUAUAUAAAUUUUGAACACCUUCUUAUAAGAUUAAUCGCGUUUGGUUUAAUUUGUAUCCUUUAUAACAUUGGUGUAAUGACAGUUUUCAACCCCA